GUACUCCUCUUUUGGUUUUGUACUUCUUUCGGCCAUGUUCUGCAAAACGUUUUCGCAUGAAUUUAAUGGUCAAUUCCCUAUGGCAUGUUCUGAGUUUCACGAUUUCGAUUUUAAUUUUCGAACAUGAAAUCGAAACGUUAUGGCGUUUUUAUUUGAUAUUACUUUUGGCGGGUGAAGCUUCAGAAUACAGAAAAACUCAAUUUGUAUUUUUAUCUGCAGCGUAAUAAAAUUGAAAUGUUAGUAUUGAUCGCAUUUUUACUUAAAAUAAAUGUAUCGAUUUUACUUUAUUUAACAGGGGUAAAUAGAAAAGAAAAGCAGGAAAAUACAUUCUUGACGUUUAUGGAGCAACAUAGAGACUUGGCCAAGAAUUUUAUUGAAGGGGACCGAGUAGGAGUGGAAUCCUUGUGGUCAGAGUUAUCCAAACAACUCAACAAGGAUGGGCCGCCACAAAAAGACGUGAAUGGUUGGAAAAAAUUGUGGUCCGACUGGAAAGGAAAUAUAAGGAAAAAACUAGCGCAUAACAAAAAUGAAGAUCGGGCAACCGGAGGUGGCCCUUUUAAAAAAUUCAUUCUCUCAGAUACUGAGGAAACCAUAGAACAACUCUGUGGCCUCUAUACCGCGAUCGAAGGAAUCGCAAGCAGCCAAUCGUAUGGCGCAGGUGAAGCUGUGGUAGAUGACAUCGUUGAUGUGGAAGUUGCGGAAUUAGAUACUACCAAUACGAAUAUCGAAUCCCCUCUUCCGCGAAAGCGAGUUCGAGAAAAUACCAUGAACGAGUGCAUCAAGAAAAACAUGGCCAGUGAAGUAGGUGCAAUGGAAAUCAAAGCACAAACAACAAAGGAGAUCCUAGAAAACUCGACAAAGCAUGUUCUUAUGAUAUCUGAAUUCAAUAGUGGCUUGCGUAGAGUAUACAAGGCUAUCGAAAAAACCUCAGAUUUGGUAUCGAAGCAAAACGCUCUAAUUGCGGAGCAGAACAAAGACCCACGUAAACAUUACUUGGUAAGGCAGGAACAUUUGUUUGAGAAAAAUCGUAUCCAACAAAAAUUGGUGGAAAUUCAGCAGAAGAAAAUACAUAGAAACGAAAAGUAUAAAUUUAUGUUAAACUAUGUACAGUGUUCAACAAAAUAGCGCACUUGUGCACAAAGGUAUUAUAACUUUGUUCACAUAACGGUUGUUUGUAACAGGCAAAAC